UUCUUUAUGUAUUACGACGAAGUCUGUGCAACUAUAUAAGGAGUUUCUCAAAGAAUUUGUCCGUGAUGAGGGUGCGAGUCUUCUUGGUGUGUCUAGGAUACAAUAUUUUUAAUGAUAAAAAAUCAUAGGGUAUUCAUUGUUUCAUUCACAAUGGUACCAUCAGGAAAUGGAAUUAGACAAUACACUCUUCCCAACAAUUCAAGGGAAAUAUCUUUUACAAUAUCCCAAACAGAUGACAGGUAUAUUCGUGGGGAUUGCUACAGUUAUUUUAAAAUCCCAUUGAGUCAAGGUACAUAUACGAUCGCCUAUAAAUGUCCAAGUACGCCAUCUGAAACAAAGGGGGACGAUUUUCUUAUCAUAGAUGGGACCCUAUACAGCGACAAGUGUAAUGAAGUCAUCAGAACGUCAGAACACCGCUGCGUCAAAUAUACGAUCACCACUUAUCAUAUGAGCGAUUCACAAAUGGACAAGGAAGAGUGUACACAUAUCAAAAACGCCAUUGCAAAAGGAGUUUCUGUAAAGACUCUUGAAGAGAUGGAAAAGCAAAAACAGUAUUAGAUGUGGAACAAGAAGAACAGGAUAGCAAGGUGGAACAGGAAGAAAGGGAUAGGGAGAUAGCGCAAGAACGGGCUAGGAUUGCACCUUGGGAUGAUAAAUAUUGAAAAACGUGACGGUAUAUUAUGGUUCUAUUGUAGUUUUGCACUCAAUGUAUAGUAAAAAUCUGAGAUAUGUUUUGUUUCUUUAACC